GAGCGCCACGCUGUACGGACGUUUUGCCCGCCGAACCGGACGUUCACCCUUCACGUCGUAUCAGCACCGCUGAUAUUAAUCGUAACGAUAGCAUAUAUGUGUGCCCUGACACAUUAUAAUAUAUAUAUAUUUUUUUUAAAUGUGUUACAUUGCGCACGUUUCGAGCUGUUCACACGUACAGUGACGUAACGUUUGCGAAUAAUUAUUGUGUAUUUAUUUCACAGUAUUGUACCGAGACCCGGCAACAGGUACCUGUCCGAAAAUAUUUCAGUGGUACACCACGUGCAGUGUURCUCCCGCACUGCAGAMAAUCUGGACUGACGACGAUGACAUYGUCGUUGGCKGCCGGGUAAUCCUGCGGUAUCGCUGGUAUCCGGCGUCGAAUCAUUAUAUCAACCCUCGUCGAUCGAGAUAAUAAUAAAAAUAUACAUACUGCCACUGUGCAGAGGAGGAAGAGGAGGAGGAGGACCGAGAUCAGUGGGUCGAGAUCAUCAAAGAGUGUAAGACAAGUAGCAACAACAGCUGGUCGAAGAUGGUCAUCGAACCGGGCCUGAUGGACAUGCUGGGAAAUUCACUGUUCGACAUGCUUGCGCCAGUCACGUCCACCGAUUCGUCGGCAGUGGCUUCCACCGUGUCAGCGCAUGGUUCCGGCGACGGUUCCGGUGGCCACGGCGACAGAUCCGGUGCGUCCGUCGACGACGACGAAGACGACGGCACUGGGAUGGGCGGUGGUUCCGGGGCCGGCGGUUCCGGUGGCAUCGGCCCMGGUGAGCUCUGGUACAGGCACAGCCCAGCCAUGACGGCCGUCUACUGUUUCGCGUACACCAUGGUAUUCCUGGUCGGGCUGGUCGGAAACCUGCUGGUGGUGUCUGUGGUCUGCCGGUCGCCCAGGAUGCGCAACGUCACCAACUAUUUCAUCGUCAACCUGGCCGUGGCCGACAUACUGGUGCUCGUCUUCUGCCUACCCGCCACCCUCUUGUCCAACAUCUAUGUCCCGUGGAUCUUGGGAUCGUGGAUGUGUAAGAUCGUGCCGUAUGUCCAAGGUGUUUCAGUGGCAGCGUCCGUGUACAGUUUGAUCGCCGUUUCAGUGGACAGGUUCCUGGCCAUUUGGUACCCUCUAAAGUGUCAGAUCACCACGCGCCGGGCCCGGUACAUCAUCUGCGUCAUCUGGCUGGUGUCGACCACCAUCACCAUACCGUGGGCGCUGUUCUUCGACAUGGUGGCCAUAUUCAAGGACGCCCCGAGCCUGGAACUGUGCCUGGAGGUGUGGCCAGACUACCUGGACGGCAACCUGUACUUCUUGCUGGGAAACCUGGGGCUGUGCUACGUGGUGCCAACGGUGGCCAUAUCGCUGUGCUACGUCAUGAUCUGGGUGAAGGUGUGGCGGCGGACCAUACCCACCGACAACAAGUGCGCGCGCAUGGAGCGCAUCCAGCAACAGAGCAAGGUGAAGGUGGUCAAGAUGUUGGCCAUGGUGGUGGUGCUGUUCGUCGCGUCGUGGAUGCCGCUGUACGCGAUAUUCGCCCGGAUCAAGCUGGGCGGCCGGCUGGUGCCGUGGGAGGAGGAUUUCCUGCCGGUGGCCACGCCGAUCGCCCAAUGGCUGGGCGCGUCCAACAGCUGCAUCAACCCGGUGCUGUACGCGUUCUUCAACCGGAAGUUCCGGCGCGGCUUCACCGCGGUGCUCCAGAGCCGCCGGUGCUGCGGCACGCUCCGGUACAACGAGAACCUGCAGCACUCGGCGUCCGCUAGCGGCAACGGCGGCGGCAAGGCGUCCUCGUACUACAUCACCAAUCACCACGCGUACACCAAGCGGCAGUCCAGCCAGGAGACGAACGUGUCGUACAUAUUCAACGUCUGAACACGUCACACAGCAACGCAAACGAACUAUAAAACAACGAUGCAAAUAUAUUAUGACAAUAUUGUCAUGAACUAUAUUGUCGUCAAACGUUGCCGUAAUUGGUGGUGUUGUUGUUGUUGUCGUCGUCGUCGUCGUCGUCAAAUAUUAUCGCGUCGACGAUAUAUUUUGAUGAUCAAUAAUCGACGAUAACAAUAUUAUAUUAAACUCAACAAUAAUAAUCAUAAUACAAUAAUAAUAAUUCGAAAUAAAAAAAAACCUCCUUCAAUGACGUCGGAAGUGUUUUCAGGUCCGGCGGCGGGACACUUGUUGUUAUAUAUUAUUUUACCUAUGCCUACGAUUAGAUCGUACCAUUAACGUAACACAAUGUAACGACUAUAAAUAUAUUUUUACACGUCACGUUUCCCGUCGCCAAACAUCGAUAUCGAUAACACAUUUUAUGACAUAAUAUGAUAGUAAAAUUAUAAAAUAAAAUAAUUGCACCUAACACGUAUUAUGCCUCCAUCAUACGUAUUUUACUGCCAAUGCACACUGUACGUGUAUAUUAUGUUAUAAUAAUUAUAUAUCGCCGCCUAAAUUUCAUAAUAAUAAUAAAAAUAAUAACUAUAAUGAUAAAUAAUAUUAUUUAUAACGAUAAUGUUAAACCGUCUUAGACGGAAUGCGAAACCGCCGCGAAAUAACGCGCAAUUUUCACAUCUAUAAUGCAUAUUAUUAUAAUAGUGUUAAUAAUAAUAUUAUAACGAUAUAAACAACAAUAAUAAUAGUCAGUUUCGUACGCAGUGGUAGGGUACUAGGUUUCUGCCCCCCCCUUUUCUCUUGAAAUUUCUCCAAUUUACAAAAAAAAAUCUUAUUUACCGCCAUUUCGAUCGAUUACUGAUCAUUUUUAACAGAUAUAAAACGAAUUGUUAAUUAUAAUUUGUUAUGAUUAAUUAUUAUAUAAAAACUGUUUGAGCAUAAAACAAUGUAAAUUAUUUACUCGUGUAAAACCCUAGCCGAACUAAAAUCCUGCGUACGCUACUGAUAGUAAUUACAUGCUGUUCGCAUAAUGGAGUCCAUCGAAAUGAUUGUAAUAAUUAUUAAAUACAAUACACGUGUAUAAUAUGUAUUAAUAUUGCCAUAAUGUAUAAGACAUGCAUA